AUGGAAUACAUCAGCGGUGGAGACCUUAUGUUGCACAUCCAACGUGGGCAGUUUGGGAGCAAACGCGCACAGUUCUAUGCGGCUGAGGUCUGCCUAGCUCUAAAAUAUUUUCACGAAAACGGAGUCAUCUACCGCGACCUUAAACUCGACAACAUAAUGUUGGCUUUGGAUGGUCACAUCAAGGUUGGUGAUUACGGUCUCUGCAAAGAAGAGAUGUGGUAUGGGUCAAGCACAAGCACUUUCUGUGGGACACCAGAGUUCAUGGCACCAGAGAUCCUACUUGACAAAAAGUACGGACGGGCUGUCGAUUGGUGGGCAUUUGGAGUCCUAAUCUACCAAAUGCUACUGCAACAGUCCCCAUUCCGAGGGGAAGACGAAGAUGAGAUUUACGAUGCCAUUCUGGCAGAUGAACCGUUAUACCCAAUUCACAUGCCACGAGACUCAGUGUCGGUCUUACAGAAGCUGUUAAUGCGCGAGCCAGAAUUGCGGCUAGGGUCUGGUCCCACUGAUGCUCAAGAAAUCAUGAGCCAUGCAUUUUUCAGGAACAUAAAUUGGGACGAUAUCCGAGACAAGAAAGUUGCACCUCCCUUCCAACCACAGAUCAAGAACCCUACGGAUACCAGCAACUUCGAUUCCGAAUUUACAAGCGUUACGCCUGUGCUUACGCCGGUCCAGUCUGUUUUGACGCAAGCAAUGCAAGAAGAGUUCCGAGGCUUUUCAUACUCGGCAGACUUCAUAUAA